ACAAAAUUGGAUGAUGAUGGUGAUGAUUCUGUGUUUUCCAGAGGAGCAAGGAAGAGCCAAGCUCUGUUAAUAGAGGACACACACAGACCAGGCGUGCUUCAAAGACCAUGAUGCCGCUGCAGACCCUGCACAUGACUUCGGAGAAUCAGAGGAGGGUGAAAGAACUCCUCCUCCAGCUCCAAGGCCAAGAACUGACUGAUGGCCCUGAAAUGCCUGUUUUGGGUGAUGAUGAAUUUGAUGAACCAGAUGACUUGGAUGAUGAUCAGUGCUGGUUACAUAAUCAAGCAGUUUCUAAAACUCAUGCAAAUGCUUCUCAGGCACCUGUAAAUCAUGUUCCAGAAACUGAAGUAUCCUCAUUUGCUGUGCACAAACUUUCCAGGUACGGUUUUGAUAGUGAACGUUGCCGAGCAGUCUUGAAAUCCUAUAAUGGUAACAUUGGAGCAUCACUAGAAGACUUACUGUUGCAGUGCUUCUCAGAAAAAUUUGCAGAGAGGAUGCAGAUCACAGAAAGUGCUGCUCAGGCAAGUACUGAAGACUGUUUGGAGCAAAGGCGAGAAGAGGCUUUUGCCCUCCGCUCCAUCUGUGGAGACAAAUUUGUGGAAAGAAUUCAAAAUCGAGUUUGGACUAUUACGUUAGACUUGGCUUACCUUACAGAGAUUCUUAUCAAAUCCAAAAAAAGGCCUAGCAACACCAGCAAUGGGCUAAAGCCAGCUUCCCUGGAAAUCUGUAAACACUACCUCAGAGGAGAUUGCAGGUUUGGAUCAAGAUGUCGGCUCAAGCAUGACAAUCCAAACAAGCAAAGAACACUUCCAAGUAUUAGAGACAAUUCUCAUCUCAGACUUAACAGUGACAGCGCUCCAGUGUAUGAACUUGAAGUGAGAUUUCCUGAGGAUAACAAGUAUCCUUAUCAGCCACCCCUUGUGGCAUUUUAUUCUACUAAUGAGAACCUGCCCUUGGCUUGUCGGCUUCACAUUGCUGAAUUCCUUUAUGAAAAAGCUUUAAUAGCCUCUGAGUCUAAUGAACCCGUUAUCUAUGCUUUUAUAACAUGUUUGGAGGAUGAAGCUGAAGUAACAAAAUUGCUUAGUAAGACAUCCCACAAAUACAGUGUUCCUGCUUUGCCUCUGAUGAUGCCUCCAGCAAGAAUGUCCACAGAUGUUGAUAAGCAAGGGCUUUCUAAUAGCUCAUAUGUUCCAUGUCAGACUUCAGAAGCAACAAAGGACCUGGUGACUGAAGAGGAUGACGAUGACGAUGAGGAACUGCAGACAGUUCACGUAGAGACAGAAAGCUAUGUUAACCUCAAAAAGAAACUUUUGAGGAAGUAUACCACUCCAGCAAAGUCUGUAUCCAAAGAAAAUUUAAAAAUCUGCAAACAAUUCAGCAUAAAGAAGUCUUCUAGGCACUACCAGGCCAUGUUACAAGAAAGACAGAAACUCCCUGCGUGGGAAAAAAAGGAAACCAUUCUUCGUUUGCUGAACCAGCAUCAAGUUCUUGUUGUGAGUGGUAUGACUGGAUGUGGAAAGACCACUCAGAUUCCUCAAUUUAUCUUGGAUUCCUCACUAGAAGGCCCUCCCAGUAAGUUAGCCAACAUCAUCUGCACCCAGCCUCGCAGGAUCUCUGCCAUUUCUGUGGCUGAACGUGUAGCCAAGGAACGAACAGAAAGAGUUGGGGUCACAGUUGGAUACCAAAUCCGGCUGGAAAGUGUCAUGUCUCCAGCUACACGGUUGUUAUACUGUACUACUGGAGUGCUUCUGAGAAGACUAGAAGGGGACUUAAAUCUACAAGGAUUCACCCAUAUUAUUAUUGAUGAAGUUCAUGAAAGAACAGAGGAAAGUGACUUCUUGCUGCUGGUUUUGAAGGACCUAAUGCUUCAAAGAUCAGACCUGCGAAUUAUACUAAUGAGUGCUACUCUGAAUGCAGAACUCUUUUCUCAGUACUUUAACACCUGUCCUGUUGUUAACAUACCAGGUAGGACAUUUCCAGUUGAUCAGUAUUUUCUAGAAGAUGCAAUUGCAAUGACUCGGUAUGUCUUGGAACAUGGCAGUCCAUACAUGCGUAAUGCGAAGCAAGCUCCUGGCAAGCAAGCAAGACACUUGAGGACAGCUGCAGAAGAAGUAGAGGAGGAUCUGAGGCGUGCUGGUUUGGCACAGAGUACAGUGACUGUUAAAGAUUCUGUCCCUGAUCAACAGCUAACAGUCCAGCAGUUGAUGGCCCGCUACAAAGGGAUUAGGACAUCAGUAUUAAAAACAAUGGCAACCAUGGAUUUAGACAAAGUUAAUCUUGAACUAAUUGAGGCCUUGUUAGAGUGGAUUGUCAGUGGCAAGCAUUCAUAUCCACCAGGUGCAGUACUGAUAUUUUUGCCAGGUCUGGCAGAAAUUAAAACACUAUAUAAGCAAUUGCAGUCUAAUUCACUGUUUAAUAACCGUCACAGCAAACGCUGUGUUGUUUAUCCACUCCAUUCUUCACUGUCCAGUGAGGAACAGCAGGCCGUGUUCCUUAAGCCUCCCACAGGAGUCACCAAGAUUAUCAUAUCUACAAAUAUAGCAGAAACGUCCAUUACCAUUGAUGAUAUAGUCUAUGUGAUUGAUUCAGGAAAGAUGAAAGAGAAAAGGUACGAUCCUAGCAAAGGCAUGGAAAGCCUGGAAGAUAUAUUUGUGUCCAAAGCCAAUGCCUUGCAAAGAAAAGGGAGAGCAGGUCGUGUAGCCUCUGGUGUUUGCUUUCAUCUCUUCAGUAGCCAUCAUUAUAAUCACCACCUUUUAAAGCAGCAGUUACCUGAAAUACAAAGAGUGCCUUUGGAGCAACUCUGUCUCCGGAUUAAGAUUUUGGAAAUGUUCUCCUCACAUAGCCUUCAUUCAGUUUUAUCCCGAUUGAUUGAGCCACCAACGGCUGAGUCUCUGCGUGCAUCAAAAGUGCGGUUGCAAGAUGUUGGAGCCCUAACUUCAGAUGAAAAGCUCACUCCUUUGGGGUAUCACUUGGCUUCCUUGCCUGUUGAUGUAAGGAUUGGGAAGCUAAUGCUGUUUGGCACUAUAUUUCGCUGUCUAGAUCCUGCACUGACCAUAGCAGCAAGCAGGGCCUACAGAUCACCUUUUGUUUCUCCAUGGGACAAAAGAGAAGAGGCAUUCAAGAAAAAGCUGGAAUUUGCAAUAGGAAACAGUGAUUACCUGGCUCUUCUCCAAGCAUAUAAGGGAUGGCGUCUAUCUUCAAAAGAGAGCUCUCAAGCAAGUUACAGAUUUUGCAGAGAAAACUUCUUAUCAGAAAACAUACUUCAGGAAAUGGCUAGUUUAAAAAGGCAAUUCACUGAACUCCUGUCUGAUAUUGGAUUUGUGAAGGAGGGACUCAGAGCCUGGGAUAUCGAGAGGAGAUGGGCUCAAGGAGGGGAUGGCAUUCUUGAAGCUACAGGAGAAGAGGCAAAUGCAAAUGCAGAGAAUGUUAAGUUGAUAUCAGCUAUGCUAUGUGCUGCACUGUAUCCCAAUGUAGUGCAGGUGAAAACGCCAGAAGGAAAGUACCAGAAGACUAGUACAGGAGCUGUUAAAAUGAAUCCAAAACCUGGGGAGCUGAAGUUUGUUACAAAAAAAGAGGGCUAUGUUUACAUCCAUCCAUCCUCUGUAAACUACCAGACCAGGCACUUUGAUAGCCCCUACUUGGUAUAUCAUGAGAUGAUAAAAACCAGCCGGGUGUUUAUUCGUGACUGCAGCAUGGUGUCAGUGUAUCCAUUGAUCUUGUUUGGAGGAGGUCAUGUGAAUGUGCAGCUCCAAAAGGGUGCAUUUGUUGUUUCCCUAGAUGAUGGGUGGAUUCGUUUUGUUGCAACUUCAUACCAGGUGGCAGAACUAGUGAAAGAACUUCGCUGUGAACUUGACCAGCUACUCCAGGAUAAAGUCAAGAACCCCAGCAUGGAUCUGUGUACAUGCCCCCGAGGAUCUCGUAUUAUUAGCAUGAUUGUUAAACUUGUGACAACACAAUAACAUCACAGUACUGAUUUGCUUUAAAAGGGACCUCAGCAGAAGAACAGAAACUGUGACUGAAACAACACUGAUGCUUGUCAGUCUAGGACUAGUAAUUCUUAGGGCUUUGAAUUAAAGCCUAAAGCCAAUUAAAAGGACAGUUUUAAAACCAUUUCAGGUGGAAAAGCUCUAAUGGAAAUAAGUGCUUUUAGAAUCAGAUAGAAAUGGAUGCAUCUAUACAGAGGAGACAGAAAUUUAAUGAAAAUUAUUUCUUUCAAUAAUUACCAUUCUGUGUAUUAUGGAUGAGGAUUUUUACUUUGAAGAAAACUCCAAUUGAGAUGCAAAAAAAUUAUUUUUAACUGUCUUUGUACAUUUUUCUCACUAUUUCAGUCCAGUAAAGAAUGAACUUUCUCUGACAGAAAAACUGGUGUAUCAGUUUAGUCUUGGCCUCCUCAAGACGGCAAGGCACAGUGUUUACACAGCAAGUAUCUGUGCAUUUUUUUAAAUCCUAAAACAGAUUGCUUUGCUUCAGUGAACCUAAUUCUGUCCUCAUGUAAUCUAUCAGUGUAGGCUGCCAAAUUCAAAUAUGAAUUGGAUACUCUUCAUGGAUUAAUGUCUUUAGCUGUAUAUAAAUUGAAAUGUAUGUGUGCAAUCUGGGCUCCAAUUAUAUCUUAUUAAAGCAAAUAGGAAUUGUA